GCGUGAUCCAAGGAGCCUCUGCCUCGCGUUCAGAGCACCUCUCGGAGGAAGAGAUCAGCGCAUUUGGGCUCUGCUCUUCGCGAAGUGACAUCGCAGUGGAGGUUUCUGAACAUCCCAGCAGUGUUGUCCUCGAAGGAGCAGAACUUGUACAAGAUCAACACGUGAUGAACAACAUGAAUACAACCAACGCAUCGUCUGUCCUUACAGAAUCCUCUGAAUUGAGGCGAAAGCUGAAAAUUGAAGCAGUGAGAAAACAGGAAGACACGAGAACAGGAGCUCCAGUGUGUCGUGCGGCGACAGAUUCUUCUACCACAACUACCGCAGUAUGCGAAAACAAGAAGGCUUUUGGGCAUUCUAUCGAUGUCGUUCAAGAUAACACUGGAGCAUUGAGAGUGAAUCCAUCAACAACCUCAACAUCUUCAUCAGCUUCUAGCUCUUUCAUCGGAGGUACAUUCUCAUCUGCCGGUCCCUGUUCCUCUGCCACGAACGCAGUCGUUCGGUCCGCAUCAGCGCGUGUUGAGCCACCUGCUAGUAGGCACUGCGUUGAGAGGAGCGCGUCUGCGGAGUCGGUGCUGCGACGGCAGCUGGGGAGGAGGCAGGGGGUACUAGCUUUGAAGAUGUAGCUAAUUUUUUCUGCAAUGCCAUGUAAUAUUAAUAGAGCUAAAUACUUCCUGUAGUAGCAGCUGCUUUACCAACAUUUAUCCAGGUAGAUGUGAAUCCCGUUCGCCAAAAGCAAAGCGAAUCUGCAAACAGCACAUCUUCAGCUGCGGCAUCAACGUUGUCAACCGAUCGAAUUCGAAAAGCAGCUAUGGAUCGUCUGGCUUUCAAAGCACUAGGGCCGCCGCCUGCGCAUGCGCCUUCAGCUCCUUCAAAGACUUCUGUAGAUGCCUAUCCUCGACACAAUGCAGCUUCACUCCGGUCACGGACUACACCGUUGCUGUCUUGUUCCUCUACAGCUGCCUCUGUAGGAAGUUCAUGUAACGACCCAACGCCAUCAACAACGGCUUCCAUUGGGACUACUGCAGCUGUUGCGGCAACAACCAAAUCGACAAAAUUUGGCUACUUAACGGCGACGACUUCAAGUAAUUCAUCUUCAUCAACUGCUGCUAGAAGAAACGCGCCCACGACAAUAUUAACAUCAACAAAUGUUAAGGCUGUAGCUGUAUCUAAUACAUCUUUGGACGCAUCCCUGAAACGUAUGGAGGAGUAUCCUAAGGGAAUGCUCCCCCAUACAUUUCAAGGAUGCACUUGAGAGAUGAAUUACGGACUGCUCUAAAAAUGCAACCCUGAACUACUCAAACAACCCUCCUCCAGCGACCACAACUGCCGCUCUCCCACUCUUUCGCAGUUUUGUGCCUCCCACAAGGAAGUUGGCUCGUGGGAUUGCCCUGUUCGACAAUCUGAAUGCGUCAACACUUAGCACCGCAAGCAACGGUUCCACUCCAUGUUCGUUGAGGUCGUUGCAGAGUGCAAGGGAGCUGGAAGUGGAGAGGAAGCCGGCACCCUGUCCGCAGGAACUGGGGGAGGGUCGGGGAGAUGUGGAAAAUAAGCCUCCUUCAUCUUCAGGAACAACGUCAACUUCAACUAGCAAUAAAGAAUCUUCCUCUACUACUUUAUCUGUGACAUCAAACCCAAAGAAUCUCUCAACAACAUCAGCUGUAUCAAAACUUCCAACACCUCUAGCGACCCAACGGUUGAACGUCCGGCCACUAGCAGAGAUGCCGUCUGAAUUUCAGAGCAUGUCAAGAGGCGACCGACAGCGGUUAGUUCAACAGACGAUAGAGCGGUUAGCUCUAGGGAUCAAAAAACCAUAAACAAAAAUGCUCAGACAACCACAAUCGACCUACGAAUGUGUUAGGUGCUAGCUCUGCUGGCCUAGGUUAGUAGUUUUGAAAAGUAUUCGAGGAGAAGCUCCUCCUCUUCUACUGUACAGAGAUGCUGUGAGUUGUAGAGAGACCAUUUACUAGCUUCAUCAACCCGAC